GUUUUCAAUCUCAUCUGCAGGGUAAAAUAUUGCACAGACAUAGCCAUAGCAGCCGUAACAUCUGCUGUCCAGCUCCCCCCUACCCUGCACAGGGAUAAAGGAGUGUUUCAUUCUGUUUUAGAUCCAUGAUCACGUUUUUACAUUUAUUAUUUACUAUUUUAUUUUUCACUUUUUAAAGUUCAGCCUACGUUUUUAGUUAUCGUUUUUAAAUUCGGGUUGCAAGGCGAAGCAUAGACGAAUAUGUUCAGGGAUAUAGAACUGUUUUACUUGCGUUAAAGUCAGAGGAGUUUUUAUUUUCCACAUUCAGACUUCGCAGAAGAAACAUCCGACCUUCAAGGAAUUUGUUCUAAAGUUUUCAGAAAGUAUUCUGUCUUUACGCGGAUACUGACUGGAUAUGGCUUGGAUCAGAUGGGACCUCUUGUUUUCUCUAGGUUUAUUCAUGUCACCAGCGUUUGUGUCCACGGAUCAGAGUGGCUUUAGGAGAUACUACGUGUUGCAGCCAGGUCCGAGCGGGACGGACAGGGUACAUGUGAGUUCCAUUUCUUCGCGCUCCAGUGCCACAGGACAGCCCCAUGCCUACAACGUGGAGCUCACUGCCAGUUACGGUAGCCAGGUCCGAACCCGUAGGAUGGGUAACCAAGCGAUCCCGCUUCGCCAGGAUACACAGUUUACUCAGCACCAGCAAGUCAUUCGGCAGACCAGCCACAACGUUCACCAAAGUCACCAAAUGAAAAUUUCAGGGGUGAAUGUCUGUGGAGGGCAGUGCUGUCACGGAUGGAGUAAGGCCUCUGGAUCGCAGCGGUGCACCAAGCCCAACUGCCUGCCCCAGUGCCAGAACGGGGGAAUGUGUCUGAGGCCCCAGCUCUGUGUCUGCAAGCAAGGCUUCAAUGGCAAGGCAUGUGAACAGAAGACCAAGCCCACCUCCUCCAUCCCAGCGCAGCCAGGGAACGGCCACACCAAUGGACACACCAAUGGCCGUAGCAUAGUGCCCCGGAGGCCCAUUCCCCAGCAGGUGCCCAUCCCCCAGCAGGGUUAUGCCCCAGUCCCUGUCAGCAACAUGGCUCAGAUGACCCUGACCGUCAAACAGUCCCCCCACCUUGUCCGGCCCCAGCAAAGCCGACCUGGUAGCCAGCAGUUUGUCCUGAAGCCCAAGUACUACACCACACACACCACACACUCCCAGACGCACGUCCAACACCAGCCUGACAGACCCAUUCCCCUGACGGGGGAACACUACCCCAUCCAUGUGGGGAACCACACGGGCCGGAUCAAGGUGGUCUUCACACCCACCAUCUGCAAGGUGACCUGCACGGGGGGCCGGUGCCAGAACAACUGUGAGCUGGGCAACACCACCACCAUCGUCAGUGAGAACGGCCAUGCCGCAGACACCCUCACCGCCCCCAACUUCAGAGUAGUGGUAUGCCAUCUGCCCUGCAUGAAUGGAGGAAAGUGCAGUGCCAGGGAUAAGUGUCAGUGCCCGGCUACCUAUACGGGGAAGUUCUGCCAGAUGCCUGUUCAGAAUGGGAAUGGGCAGCAGCGCCAGAAAGGGCAGCAGCAGACGUCCCAGAUUCACUCCACUCACACUCUGCCCCUCACCUUCAGCAAUGGACAGAACCCUGUGAAAUAUGCCCCCAGCAUCGUGAACAUCCAUGUGAAGCAUCCUCCGGAGGCCUCGGUGCAGAUACAUCAGGUCUCUCAGCUGGAUGCCAAUGGGCAGAAGGUGAAAGGCAAUGGGCAGAAUGGCCAAUCCCAGACCCAGUCUCACUACACCUACCACCACUCAGACAGCAGACAGAACAUCCAGCAGCAGGGACACAACAUCAUCUACCCCAACCAGCAGAGCUACGUCCCCCAGUACCAGCCCGUCUCCUCCAAGAGCCAGCUGGGACGCUGCUUCCAGGAGACCACCGGCACACAGUGUGGCAAGGCCCUCCCUGGUCUCAGCAAGCAGGAAGAAUGCUGUCAGAGCAUCGGAACAUCCUGGGGGUUCCACAAAUGCCAGAAGUGCCCAAAACCAUCUAUUCCUCUAGCAGCAGGAGGAUCCAGACACGCGAUGGACUGCCCCCAGGGAUACAAGCGCAUCAACAACUCCCACUGCCAAGAUCUUAACGAGUGCCAGCUGCAGGGUGUGUGUCCCAACGGAGACUGUCUGAACACCAUGGGCAGCUACAGGUGCAGCUGUAAGGUCGGCUUCAUCCCUGACCCCACCCUCUCCACCUGUAUCCCCGACACCUCUGCCGUCCACGAGGAGAAAGGGGCUUGUUUCCGAUUGGUCAGUUCGGGGAAGCAGUGUUUGCACCCGGUGUCUGCUCAGCUGAGCAAACAGCUGUGCUGCUGCAGUGUGGGCAAGGCCUGGGGCCCGCGCUGCGACAAGUGCCCCCUGGCAGGAACAGCUAAAUUCAAGGAGAUAUGCCCUGGUGGGAUGGGCUACACUGUCACGGGAUCUUACAAGCCCAAACCACCCAAUAAACUACCCAGCCAACCUGAGACCAUCAACAAGCCAAUGAUCACCCACCAAGAGCCUGUGGCCCCGCCUCUGCCCCUGCCGACACAUGAGAAACCAGUGGAGGCCUUGAGCGUCGCUGAGAGACAGCUUCCCUCUGUACCAGUAGCCACAGAUGCACCUGAGCAGGAGCUGGUUAUUCUGGAGGCUACUAGUAGUAGUCCAAUAGUUGAGGCCGAGGCUAUCCAGCCACAGCUCUCUCCCGGUGUCUCUACCAUGAGGAUGGAGCCGGCCUACAAAGAGGUUGUGGAGGAAAUGUCGCCCCCUGCUCCAGCCCUGAUCCUCCCCACCAACGCUGGCCAGGACAUCGCCCCUUCUCAGUCAGCAGAGGUGGAUGAGUGCAAGGUGAACCCUCACAUCUGUGGCCAGGGGUUGUGCUACAACUCUGCCGAGGGUUAUACCUGCAUCUGUAACAAGGGCUACCAGAUGGACGAGACACACACCACCUGUGUAGAUGUUGAUGAAUGCCUGGAUUCUGCAUCAUUGUGCUCCAACGGCCGCUGCAAGAACACUCCCGGCAGCUUCCUGUGUGUGUGCCAAGCAGGCUUCAUGACAGAUGAGGAGGGAACCAGUUGCAUUGAUUUAAACGAGUGUCUGAACACCCACACGUGUCCUGAGGAUGAUUUUUGUGUCAACACCGUGGGUUUCUACACCUGUUUGCACUGUGACAGCGGCUACAGGAUGAGCCCGACAGGCCAGUGUGAAGAUAUAAAUGAGUGUCUGGACUUGGGUGUGUGUCCGUCCGGCCUGUGCAUCAACUUCCCAGGCUCGUAUGAGUGUGAUCUGUGUCCAAAGGGCUUCCAGGGCCAGGGAGGACAGUGUGUCGACGUAGACGAAUGCCUGGACCCAUCAAUUUGUGCCAACGGGAGGUGCUCCAACUUUGAGGGAUACUUUGUCUGCUUGUGUAACGAUGGAUUCACGCUCAGCUUAGAUGGACAAUCAUGCGAAGACGUAGACGAAUGCCUGGACCCGUCAACUUGUGCCAACGGGAGGUGCUCCAACUUUGAGGGAUACUUUGUCUGCUUGUGUAACGAUGGAUUCACGCUCAGCUCAGAUGGACAAUCAUGUGAAGACGUAGACGAAUGCCUGGACCCGUCAACUUGUGCCAACGGGAGGUGCUCCAACUUUGAGGGAUACUUUGUCUGCUUGUGUAACGAUGGAUUCACGCUCAGCUCAGAUGGACAAUCAUGUGAAGACGUAGACGAAUGCCUGGACCCGUCAACUUGUGCCAACGGGAGGUGCUCCAACUUUGAGGGAUACUUUGUCUGCUUGUGUAACGAUGGAUUCACGCUCAGCUUAGAUGGGCAAUCAUGCGAAGAUGUGGAUGAGUGCCAGGAUGAGCAGGUGUGUACCAGGGGGCACUGCCAAAACACUGAGGGCUCUUUCCUCUGUAACUGUGGGCCCGGCUUCAGGGCUUCUGCGGCAGGGGACCAGUGUGACGAUGUGGAUGAGUGCCAGGAGCUGAUAGUGCCCUGUGACAGGGUGGGCCAGUGUGUCAACAACAUGGGCUCCUACCACUGCAGAUGCCCCCAGGGCUACCAGCAGAUCAACGGCACCAGCUGCCUAGAUGUUGACGAGUGUCUGGACGACCCGGAGCUGUGCUCCCCACACGGGGAGUGUCUCAACGCUGAGGGCUCCUUCUACUGCGUCUGUGAGAGAGGCUUCGCUGCCAGCCAGAACAAACACACCUGUGAAGACGUGGAUGAGUGCUCGGAUGGCACCAGGUGUGUUGGCGGCUCCUGUGAGAACAGCCAGGGUUCCUACAGAUGCCAGUGUGACAGUGGCUACCGCCUGCAGGCAGACACUGACACAUGCCUGGAUAUCGACGAGUGUUCAGAGUUGGGGCGGAGCAUCUGUGGGGCGUGGCAGUGUGAGAACACGGAGGGCUCCUAUAGGUGUGUGGUGGACUGCCCCCCUGGACACAGCCAUGGCCCAGAGGGCAUCUGUAUGGACAUUGAUGAGUGCAGCGCCAACGCCACGGCGUGUGGCACCCGCGGCUUCUGUGAGAACACGGUCGGAUCCUUCCGCUGCCUGUGUGACCGGGGCUACCAGGAGUCCCAGGAGGGCCUCGGUUGUGUGGAUGUCAACGAGUGUGAUCUGCUGAGCGGUGUGUGUGGCGAGGCCUUGUGUGAGAACGUGGAGGGCUCCUUCCUGUGUAUGUGCCCCGACGAGGACCAGGAGUACAACCAGAUGACCGCCAAGUGCAGUCCCGCUCCCACAGCCUCGUCAGUGGAGAGGAAGGAGUGCUAUUACAACCUCAAUGAUGAGAACCUGUGUGAGAACGUGCUGACCAGCAGUGUCACCAUGGAGGAGUGCUGCUGUACGCUGGGGGCAGGAUGGGGGGACAACUGUGAGGUGCACCCCUGCCCUGUCCUGGGCACUGAUCAGUUUUCCCAGAUGUGUCCAGCUGGGAGAGGCAGUGUCCCAACCGGUGACACUGUGUUCGGUGUGACUGCAGCCGAGAGUUAUAAAGAUGCAGAUGAGUGUGCGUUGUUUGGCCAGGAGAUCUGUAAGGAUGGCUUCUGCUUCAACAGCCCAGGAAGCUACGAGUGUUACUGUAAGAAUGGCCUGUACUACGACGAGGUCAAGCUGCAGUGCAGAGAUAUUGAUGAGUGUCAGGAGGAGUCUAGCUGUGUGGAGGGAGAGUGUUUGAACACACAGGGCUCCUACAUGUGUUUCUGUACACACCCGCUGGUGUUGGACUCUGACAACAAGAGCUGUGUGAUCGCCCCUGAAGUGGCAGAGCAACAUGGUGAGCAGACUGGCUACCAGGGUGUUUGCUGGCAGACGGUAACAGACACUCUGACAGACACUCUGACCUGCACCAAGCCCCUAGCCAACAGAAAGACCACGUACACAGAGUGUUGCUGUCUGUUUGGAGAGGCCUGGGGCAUGGACUGUACCCUCUGCCCCCUCAAGAACACAGAGGACUAUGCCUCCAUGUGUAACGUGGCAAUGAGUGGAGGACAGGGGCGUCCGUAUGGUCGUGAUGCCCUCGUGGCCGGCCCUGUCCAGGAGUACGAGGUCAGCCUGGACUACGAGCCUCACCCCGACCAGCCUGGCGCCCUGCCCCUGUACGAGGACGAGGAGAACCUGUCCGAUGCGUUUGAGGGCCUGAGAGCGGAAGAGUGUGGCAUUCUGAACGGCUGUGAGAACGGGCGCUGCGUGCGGGUACAGGAGGGCUACACCUGCGACUGCUUCGACGGAUACACCCUGGACAUGUCCCGCAUGGCGUGUUUGGAUGUGAAUGAGUGCUCUGAGCUCAACAACCGGAUGUCCCUCUGCAAGAACUCCAAAUGUAUCAACACGCAAGGAUCCUACAAGUGUGUGUGCCUGCCGGGAUACACCCCCUCUGAGCGGCCUAACUACUGCGUGGCCAGGGAACAGGGGGAGGCAGCAGCGGCCACAGAGAGGGAGUGAGCCCCCACAGCCACUAGAGGGAAACACACAACACAAAAAAAUACACUUAUUUAAUCCAAGCCCGUAUACUCUGCACUGUAUAAAAACACACUAAAUAAAACAACAAAAAUAAUUUACUUGAGAUAAAGAUCCAAUUUAACCUGCUAUGUGGUGCCUGUGUGCGGCGGAGAAACACAGCAUUGUAUAAAAUGUAUGUUUUGUUUUGUCCGGUUUUUGUCCGUUUUAUUUUUUAUAUUAAAAGGAGUUUAUGCGCGCUAGAGGAGCAUUCGCUCUCCUAAUGUAACGACAAACCCUAUGAACUCUUACUGGGGGAUAACCUUUUCUUUUCUUCCCAGUCCAAAAUGCCUUGUGUGUGGAUAUUUAAUUGAGUGAAGAGGCCAGCCAUCCUUUCGCUUUCCCCGUUCUCCCUCUUCUUUCCAGCCGUUCUCUUCCUCCUCCUUGUACGGUGGCUGUGGAGGACUGCUUGCCUGGCCAUGGAUGGACAGCCAUCUGAUCUUUGCUCUGUGGCUUCACACAAACAUGCAGUAUGCACAUUACUGUAAUAGAAUGUUGUUCAUGUAAAUUCUUUUGAAUAAGCUUUGUUUCUAGGCAUUUUUUGUAUUAAUUAUAAAUGCGAACACAAAACUACUUCUGUGUCUGGGACAUUGGACAAUAGCAGGUUUUUAUUUUUUGUUUUAUUUUUUGAUUUGUUUGGUUUUAUUCUCUUGCCUGCCCUGUGGAGCAGUCAUAUUCCCUACUCUUUCAUUUAUUUUCUUGAGAUAUUGUUUUAUUUCUUUGAACAAAAAUUAAAUGAAGUUUUGCUUAAUUUUUUUUCAUACUUUAAUGAAAUAUUUUUCGGCAUUUUACUGCAAUGUCUAAAGGUCUUGCCAGGUUGCAAAGCUGCUAUGGGACAGCCGUGGGAGAAAUUUUGUACAUUUAAACAGAAGAGUUGAGAAACCAGUUUAUGUAUUUGUAAUUUGUACAUGAAAAAUAGCUCUUGUAUGAAUAUUACUAUGUAUAUUAAACCCCUGGUAAUACAUCACAAAUGGUGAUAUUUAUACUG